UUGUUUAAAACCACUUGGUGCAAAUGUUUGAGCUAGUUUGCCUUCUUUCAUGUAUACAGACAGACAUACGAAAGACUUAGUGUGGUGUUUUGCCUAGUUUCAUAAUUCUUAAUGAUGUUUAUUUACGUUUCUUUAAUUCCUGUUUUAUAAACAUUUGAUGGAAACAAUAAAACAGUUUGCGAAUAUUUUGAAUCAAUAUUUAUGAAAUAAGGAAUUAACAUUUACAGAAUAAUAAACGAAGAAAAGUUUUUUAGACGCUGUUUAUGUGUUGAUUUUAAAAUGUAUAACACAACAUUGCAAAGUGGGUAUUUAGAAGGAAGCGGAUUCCAGAACGGCUUGUACAGUUCACUGGGAUAUGACGGAAGUGGCAUUAAGCUUCAUCACGGCCAUUUUCAGGAAACGCAGGAAAAUUGUUACCACGGUUACAAUAGCGCGAUUACUGGAAGUGUUCACUAUGCGUCGCGGGAGCCGCCGUCAUACACGGAAUCAACCGUGUUUCACAAUGGCUACCUUACCGGAAGCGGAUCACCCUACUACAAGAUGAACGGUAGCGGCGAUUUCGGCGGUCUUCCAAGAGAAGGGAUGCUGCUUAAAACGGAUAUUGUGGACGCUCAGCUACAUGAUAGCGUAAUCGGACAGAGGUUCGAGUCCGAGACCUCGGACCUUAAUGACGUUCAAAGCGAUCAUCACCACCAUAGCCACCAGAACCACCAAGCGACAUCUCAUACAGGGGAGCAUAAUAUGAAAUUGGUGAGUGAUCAACUGUCUGAUUUUAAAAAUGACCUCUCGUUGCAAGAAUCGCUUUCACCAAACAAUUCAGCAGAAUGUUUGAACGCCAUUGAUAUUAAAGGCCAAGAGGAAUGUUGCAAGGCCGACGGCAGCGUCGAAACCGACGGAACGACGCAAGAAGACGACAAGGCGCGCGGAAAUUCGGACGUGAAGCCGGCAUUGUCGUACAUUGCAUUGAUUGCCAAAGCAAUAUUAGAAUCCACUCAGAAAAGACUAAGCUUAGGUUCGAUCUAUAAUUGGAUUGAAAAAAAUUACCCAUAUUACAUCAACAAAGGCCAAGGGUGGAGAAACAGUGUUCGGCAUAAUUUGUCGCUUAAUGACUGUUUCAUUAAAGCAGGCCGCUGCGAGGACGGGAAGGGCAACUACUGGGCUAUCCAUCCGGCGAACAUUCAGGACUUCAUGCGGGGUGACUUCCGCCAGAGGCGUCGAUCCCGUCGCCGCGGUCGUAAGAAGGACUGCGACCUUGGCAUAUACCACAUGGCCAACGGAUAUAUCGGAACCACCCCGCCGUUGGGCCCCAGCGUCUCCUUCAACCCGGCCCCCGCUCUGAGCUCUAUUUAUUCACCGUACACUGAGGCCGAGCGCCGCGCUUAUCGACUAGACGACGCGUUGCUACGACAGAAUAUGAACAACCCGUUCAUGAAGUGGUACCAUGGUAACAACAACUACGGAAACCAGACAACCGGGUGUAGCGGCACCCCGUACAGCAGCCCCUCGCCUCAGUGGCCCCAGAGUGCCUACACGGACCAGUCGACUUACCAGUUAAACGCAGCUCUUUCGUCAAGAAACUACACAGCCCCUGCAUUGGUCUGAAAGGUAUCUCGCGAGACGCCAACUGACGCAAUCCAUGACGUCAUCAGUGACAUAGGAUCAUCCUUGGAACAAGACGCUAGGAGUGUAUGUUCGGCACCGCAUAUAUAUGGAAUAAACAUUUGAACUGAAUUAGCUAACACCGAAGAUUAUUUAUUUAAAAAAAGUUUUUGUAUGACAUUUUUCAAGGUUUAGUUUUCAGCUCCAGUCAUUUGUUGCAUUCGUUUACUUGGCAUAAAUAAAUCGAUAAAUGAAUUCUAGGAAAAACGAAAACUUACAACAGUCGGUUGCAAAUAGCGGACUACUUAUUUUUUACCUGCAU